AUGUUUCGAAAACUUAAAAAAUUCAUAUGUAUUCAUACAUCAAAAAGUGAUCAUGCAUUACGUUCAUUGAAUCAUAGAGAUCGAAUGAGAGAUGAAGCUGUACCAUCAAAUUUUGAUUAUGGUCAAUUACCAGCGAGUUUUUUUAGUGCAGUUGAUAUGGCUCGAGAAGAAUCUGGUUAUGAUCCUGUUCCAACUUUUCUUCGUAGACCAGUAGUAAGAAGUGAAGAAGAUCUUAGAAAUCAAGAUUUCGAUGAUGAUUUUUCUUCAUUUAAUCGAAGUCGAUCAAAAUCUCGUCAUCGAAGAUUUGAUUCGUCAGCACGUGAUGGUUCUCCUCAACAUUUUCAUCAUCAUCCACCUGGUACUCCAGUUAAAUUUCGUCGACAACCUGUACCACCUGAAUUAUUACGACCAUCUAGAUCAUCACCAUUUCUUUCUCGUCAAAAUUCUGUACCAUCUUCUGCUGAUAUGUUUCAUCAAUUUCAACAAGCACAACAAUUUCAGCACAUGGCAGGAUAUCCACAACAAGAUAUGAUGAUGACUAAUGGUGGACAAUUUUUUCCUCAAGUUCAACAACCAUUCUAUCCAAUGAUGUAUCCUAAUGCAAAUAUGCAACCUUGGUUUAUGAUGCCACAACAACAAAUGUAUCCAUUCUAUUAA